AACCACCUUGAGCUCAUGGAUUCUCUUCAAUCUCCAACCACGCUCCUCUAUCUUCUCCCUUUGCUUGUUGCUUUCAUGAUUUUCUUGCUUCACUCUCGUCGGAAACUGCCCUACCCUCCAGGCCCAAGAGGGUAUCCGAUUAUCGGUAACAUGGGUAUCAUGGACCAAUUAACCCAUCGCGGAUUAGCCAGUCUCGCUAAAAGAUAUGGCGGGAUCUUUCACCUUCAGAUGGGCACUGUACAUUUCAUGGUCGUGUCAACACCGGAACUGGCCCAAGAAAUCCUUCAGGAACAAGAUAGCGCCUUCUGCAACCGGCCGGCAAAUGUUGCGAUGACGUACUUGAGCUAUAACCGGGCCGAUAUGGCCUUUGCAAACUAUGGUCCGGUUUGGCGUCAACUGCGAAAAAUCUGUGUUAUGAAGCUGUUCAGUAGAAAACGGGCAGAGUCUUGGGCAUCUGUGCGAGAAGAAGUGGACUCCAUGAUCCGAGCGUUGAUGGAGAAAACUGCUUCACAAGUUAAUAUCGGUGAACUGGUAUUUGCUUUAACGAGGAAUAUAACAUACAGAGCUGCUUUUGGUUCAUUUUCCCAUGAAGGGCAAGAUGAGUUCAUAAAGAUCAUGCAAGAAUUUUCAAUCCUUUUUGGCGCUUUCGAUAUUGCAGAUUUUUUCCCUUGGCUUGGUUGGAUUCAUGCACAAGAAAAUAAGAGGCUAGUCAGGGCAAGACAGUCUCUAGAUAGGUUCAUUGAUACGAUAAUUGAUGAACAUAUGGAGAAGAAGAAAAGAGACAAGCAUCAUAGUAAAGAUGAAAAUGGAGUUGAAAUAGAAGAAGACAUGGUGGACGAACUAAUGGCGUUUUACAGACCAGAAGACGACAAAAAUGGUUUCUACGACUCACAAUCCACCAUUAAGCUCACUAGAGACAACAUCAAAGCUAUCAUCAUGGACGUGAUGUUCGGUGGAACCGAAACGGUGGCGUCACCCAUAGAAUGGGCAAUGGCGGAGCUGAUGAGGAACCCAGAAGGCCUCAACAAAGUACAACAAGAGCUUACAGAAGUGGUUGGGUUGAACCGGGUAGUCCAUGAAUCAGACCUUGAAAAUUUGAGCUACCUGAAAUGUGUGGUGAAAGAAACACUACGUCUUCACCCUCCCGUUCCCCUCCUCCGCCAUGAGACGCUGAAGGAUAGUGUGCUUUCAGGGUACAGAAUCCCAGCAAAAUCACGUAUACUGAUCAAUGCAUGGUUAAUCGGGCGAGACCCAUAUUUAUGGCAUGAACCAGAAAUGUUUGAUCCUAGCAGGUUUUUGAAAGAUGGGGCUCCAGAUUUUAAGGGAAGCAAUUUUGAGUUCCUCCCAUUUGGGUCGGGUCGGAGGUCAUGUCCGGGUAUGCAGCUAGGGUUGUAUGCAGUUGAGAUGAGUUUGGCUCAUUUGCUUCAUUGUUUCAAAUGGGAGUUGCCUAAUGGAAUGAAGGCAAGCGAGGUUGAUAUGAGUGAGGCAUUUGGAUUGACUGCUCCAAGAGCUGAACGACUCGUUGCUGUGCCAACUUACAGGUUGAAUUGUCCACUUUGAAAGAAAAUUUAAGUAUUAAAUCUGGAAAAUGGGGAUAUGUUAGCUUUGUAAACACAGGUUUAUUUCACCGU